UCUCUCCUAACCUACCUCUCCUCUGUCACACUUUGCGUACACAGAAUUGAUUUCUCCCGUGUAAUAGCAUUUCAGUACGUCUAGAAAUGUCGUACGACCGACAACCUCAUGGCGCUGCCCGCUUCUCCAACGAGUCGCAGUCCGAGCGGAGCAUCAUUCUGAGGGAGCCUACUUCCAGUGCCAUGGAAUUGUCGGGACUUACACUGAAUUUCCGGGCUCUCAACCUCCUGGACAAAACGCUGAACCUCAUGGGAAAACGAUCGAGCAACUACGCAAAGCCCAGUCCAGAAGCGAUAGCCAACAAGAAACUGGGUUACUCCGACAAAUGCGAGAACAGCUUGCCCAUAAUAUCGCUGGAAGAGAUCUCUUGGCACGACACCAUAGACGACUGCUGGCUGGUCAUCUGCGAUUACGUCUACAAUUGUACCGAAUUCAUAAAAAAUCAUCCUGGGGGUCAGGACGUACUCCUCGAGUACGCGGGCAGAGACGCAACUCUGGCAUUUGUCGGCUCAGGGCACUCCCAGGGUGCCAACAGACUACUCGAGAAAUUCCUCAUAGGUGAACUACCGCCUUCCGAGAGAAUUUUUCGCACAGUUGACGGUAUUAAAAUAGGCGAUUGUGUCUGAGUGAUUAUCUGAAAAAGUGGUGUUAAGCUUGCUAGACAUAAAAACCGCUUAGGAAUAGAGUAACAGAGUAACGUUAAAUUCGUAAAUGAAUUCUUAAUAAAAAAGCGAAACAUUUUUCGAAUUUCAAUUGCAAAAUGACCAAGCAGAAGCUAACUAUCUGUUGAUAACUGUCGAGCCGCAUUGAAUGACACUGCCAAGGUUCCUGAGAAUCAGUACUUUUGUUGCUAUACUGCCAUUCAAAUCACGCGAUAAAAACAUGUGCUUGUUCUUCUGACGUAAGGCGAUUCUCAAUCACUUUGUACUUCUAUAAUAUCAAUAACGAUGAGUGCUCGGGUCAUGAAAUAAAAGACGAGACAAAGUAACUUUUUUCGAUAGCCUUGUUAAGACUCUUUAGUUUACGCUAUGUCUGUCCCUGUUAUUUAUUACACUAGAUUUAGAUUUCAUCAGUACUGCUAAAAAUCGUAUACUCAACUUUAGUAUUAAAUACGCAGUGCUUUUAAAAAUUAGUUGUAAGGAAUCUUGUAAUUAGCGAAUUUUCAUUACUUCAGCAAUUUAUGUGGCUUUAGAAUAGUUUAGGCGUAAGAACUUGGAACUUACCUGUAUGUUGGUAAUAGUUUACUCUCUAUCAUUUACGAUACUAAUGUAUCAACUUGUCUGUUAUACGUACUUAAAAUAUCGUCGAAGAAGAAUGUCUACGUAAUAAAAAUUUAAUAUUGCAAAAUGUUAAGUAUUGUGAAAGCUGUUGUUAAGAUAUUCUGCGCUAAUUAAUAAACAUGUGAACCUAGUCUCAAUAUUGCUUUAUACAAAUAAAAUUUACUAUACUACUAUAUGCAUGUAUAGUUAUGUUUUUCAAUUA